UGACAUCGCGAGAAGGUGUGUUUCCGGAAGACGUGGCUGUUGCUGCAGUGGCAGCUGUCAUCCAAAUUGUUCCAGGAGGAGUACUUGAAUGCCACAAUAAUAUUUUUUCUGUUUCUGUUUAAUCUUCACCCGUUUAUUCGGCGUCAAGAUGAUUUCGUUAACGGACUCCCAAAAGAUUGGAAUGGGAUUAACAGGCUUCGGCGUGUUUUUCCUCUUCUUUGGGAUGAUCCUCUUCUUCGACAAAGCACUCCUGGCUAUUGGGAAUAUCCUGUUUGUUGCUGGACUUGCUUUCGUCAUUGGCCUGGAGAGGACCUUCCGUUUCUUCUUCCAGAAGCACAAGAUGAAAGCCACCAGUUUCUUCCUGGGAGGUGUGUUUGUGGUGCUGAUUGGCUGGCCCAUCAUCGGAGUUGUGCUGGAGGUCUACGGCUUUUUCCUCUUGUUUAGGGGUUUCUUCCCAGUUGUAGUGGGCUUUAUCAGAAGAAUACCUGUCCUUGGCUCCAUCCUAAACCUGCCCUUCAUCAGUGCACCUUCGUAAGGCUCUGAGGACAAUCAGCAGUCGUGUAUGUGGAUCAAGCGAGCGAGAGCAACACCAUGGUAUAACAGUGACUCUUUGUACCCAGAGAAGGCUGUUUGAGUACAGCAGGUUUUAUAGAGCUACACAAUCUCCCAUUGGGCUGAUUUAAAGCCGCUAAGGUUAUACGUUCAGAUUCCUCCCCUCCUCCAGCAGGCAAAGACUGCUUUAUGUCUGUCUACAGUUUCACUGGUCAGUGCUACCAAUCAAUGGUUCAUCGGAGCGUCGCACCACCAGUCUCUUACUAAAGGGUGGAGUCACUAAGGUCACUACAAUAAAUAUUUCAAAUGCUAUUGAUCCCUUCGCCAUUGAGUGCAUCUGACAUGAAAAUGGAGGAUGGAAGACUCCCUCAGAGCACCAUCGACUCUGUCUACGUGACUUUCUUACUCUGUGGAACAAACAGACAAAACCACUGACCCUCCACAAGGAUGAGAAGUGGACCGACAGCCUGUCAUGUUGCCAUAUUUCUGUGCCUGUGCUUUAACUUUAUUUGGACAAAAGCUUAAGUCCAGCAUUUUGUCUCUUUGCAGUUAUUCUGUGACACUUUGUUCAUUUUUUGUGGCUGUUGUAAUAUUUUCCCUUUAUUACACGUUAUUUCUGUUCACAGUUGGCUAAUGAGUACUUCAGUAUAAAUUAUUCUUUAAAUGAUCUGUGCUUUACUUAAUCUAUGGUGAGGCGCUAUGAGGUCAUACUAGUAUUUGUCACUAAUGCUGCUGUUAAAGGGACAGUUCACCCCCAAAUCAAAAAUACAUGUUUUUCCUCUUACCUGUAGUGCUGUUUAUCAGUCUAGUGUGUUUUGGUGUGAGUUGCCGAGUGUUGGAGAUAACUGGUGUAGAGAUGUCUGCCUUCUCUCUAAUAUAAUGGAACUAGAUGGCACUCGGCUUGUGGUGCUCAAAGAGCCAAAAAAUAAAUAAAUUCAAAAACAAUGUCUCUUUCCAGAAAUCAUGACCUGGUUACUCAGGAUAAUCUGCAGACCUUGUUGUGAGCAGUUUCAUGUAGGAACUAUUUUCUUUCUAACAACCUACACCUGCCAACGGCAUCACUGCAUAGAAGAAAGCAUGCAUCUACUGCUAGCACACCUAGCACUGCUGAGGUAGUUAACUUUACAGCUCACCUGAGGAGAAUGCUAUUAAUGUUUACAUUUUGUGCUGUCAUAAGCAUGAGCCUCCAGUCCAUGACUAGUAAAAGGGUUGGCAGGUGUUCGGUAGCGAGGAAAUAGUUCCUACAUGAAACUGCUCACAACCAGGUCGGUAGAUUAUUAUGAGUAACCACAUCAUGAUUUCUGGAAAGAAACAUUGCUGUUGAGUUUUUCCAACUGUAUUGUAAUUGUAAGCUGCAUUCUGGGUCCUCAACACUAGGGGGUCCUCAGACUUACUGUAGGGGGGCUGCCAAAUUAUUGUUUAAGUUUUAAUUUAGUUUAUUUUUUAAUUAAAAUAUGCCUGAAAAUACACAUGAAUGUGGGUCAAAUAUAUUAGCUAGGAUAAAUUAGCCUAUUAAUAAAAAACAUUUAAUUUACAGUACAGAGUAUUAAUGACAGGCUAACUGUAAACCAUGAAUCUUGUGCAAUCAUGUUAGAUAGCAAACGCUAAGUCACUGUGUGGCACCCUUCCAUACAGCGAGGUGAACUACUAAGCUAAUGGUUCUUGUGAGCCACAGUGGAUUGUUUUGUAACUUUCUGAACAAAAGACUCAAACAGACAUACCUCCACCUCAGAAACCAGCGAAAAACCCUUGUUGUUGAAGACCCCUGAUCUAGAUAAUUAAAAAGGAAUACAGGAAGGAGGAAAAAUAUGAAGGCCUAGUUUGGAUUUUGGGGUGAACUGUCCCUUUAACAACUGGUCAAAUCAGAAAGUGACAACACCUAAUUCACAAUGACACAUGGACGGGGAAGUUUGUUCAGGUGGUUCUAGAAGUGUGGUAAUUUAUUGACCACUCAUAAAGCCACCUCGAACAGUGUUGUAGUUGGUGAGCUAACAGCUAACACACUAGCCAGCCGGAAACAUGCUAGCGCUAGUCGGUCACAAAAGCUCUCCAAGCUAGCUGGUUUGCUGUUAGUAGCAAGCUAGGUAGCUUAGUUGUGAAAUACUCAAGGUUCAGUUUAUUCAAUACAUGUUUGUACCAUCCUGUCUCUCAACCUUUCUGGUGCAACAAGAAGUUUCAUAGCUUUUUCAUAGCUUACUGAAAUGAACCGGUGUCUGCCUGUGAGGUAGAAAACUAGAUAUACUGUGGAAAAUGGUUGGCGAUAUAAAGUGUACACCUUUUGUUAUUAAAGGGUAUUAUUGCUUUAUUUCAACGUGGGUCCUAUUAAAGCCAAAACUAUGAAAAAAAGAGCCAAAUUGUAAAAAACAAAACAAUAUAUGGACUAAAACAUGUUAAAUACUGGUAUGGCCAUGAUUUCUCACUUAAAGAAUGUAUUAUUUACUCAGAAAUAUUACUUCAGUGGUUUAGAGCAGUCUGUCCAGUUUUUGUGUAAAAGUCUUUUUAAACCUGAGAACUUUCACUCUGAAGCAGCUGCAGCCUCACGUUCUUGUGGACUUACAGACCCUUUAUAUCUAAAUGAGCAUUAGUUUUAUAAGAUCAUACCACUUAGAGAGUCCCUCUGUGUCCUUAAACUCUGUUGAGCUUUAAUGUUCAAAGUCUCCUUUUUUUCUUUGAGAGAGAGUUCUUCAGAAGUUCAUCAAUCGGCCACCACAACCCAGGAACUGAAAAAAUGAACUCUUCAGCUGUGGGUUUUUUCUGUUUAGGGUAUCCAGAAAAUUGAAGUGACCUGUGAAAUGACAAUGUUUUGCUGUAUGGCACUUUUGUAAAUAAACUAUGGAAGUUAGCUUUG